UUCAUCGCCUGCUGUUUCUCUCAGACAAUAAUACAGCAAACACCAGCCACAAUGUCCAUGCCUGUAUCAGACCCACAUGGUACAGUCGACCCCGAGAAGCAGGUAAGGCAUCAUAGGCACUUCACGAAACUUCGCAACAAGGUCGACUCUUUGCAGUCCGACAUAUCCAGGCUCGGCAUCGCAAUUUCUACUACCUGGAACCCAAACCACAGGCAUGACGAGGAGUGGGAAAAGGAAGUAGACUCUAAGAUGGAGGCCAUAAGGGACUCCCAUAGGUUUAGGAGCUUUUCUGGGGAGAGAGAUGGGAACAUCGUCAAGUGGCAUGUUGAUGGACAUGACUACUUCUGGGCUCUUUCCGAAGUUAUUGACUCGGCUAAAGAAUGUAUUAUGAUUCUCGACUGGUGGUUGUCACCCGAGCUCCAGCUACGAAGGCCUGCAGCCCUCUUUCCCGAAUGGCGCCUUGACAGACUCUUGAAGAAGAAGGCUGAACAGGGCGUCCGUGUCUAUGUUCAAGUCUACAAGGAGGUCGAUAUCUCAAUGUCACUUUCUUCCAAGCAUACCAAACAUGCGCUCGAGGAUCUUCACGAGAACAUUUGCGUCAUGCGGCAUCCGGAUCAUAGUGGAGGCGAGCUGGUAUACUACUUCUCACAUCAUGAAAAGCUUUGUGUUGUUGACAACACCAUUGCUUGUAUGGGAGGGCUUGAUGCUUGCUUUGGCCGCUGGGACACAAGGAAUCAUCCACUUGCCGAUGUUCAUCCCACUGAAUUCUGGAGAACUCUGUUCCCAGGGCAAGACUACAACAACUCUCGAGUGAUGGAUUUUCAGACUGUGGACAAAUACGUUUCCAAUGCCCUCGCGGUUCAAGACACAGCCAGAAUGCCUUGGCACGAUGUGUCUCUCUCGAUGAUUGGUCCCUCUGUUGUUGAUUUGGUUCAGCACUUUUGCGAGAGGUGGAACUUUGUCAAGAAAUUCAAGUACAAGCACAACCACAGGAUGGAGUGGCUUUCUCUUCCUGGCCCCUGGGAUGAGGUCCGAUCUCGCGAAGGUGAAAAGAAACUAAUCGAAGACAACGAGUUUCGUCUCAACCAUCCCCACUUAUCCGAGUGGAAAGAAGCAGGUCGUCAAUUCUUCCACCCCUACCAUUUCCCUCCUUCUGAGGCACCCAGAGCUACUGAGCCAAUUCCACAUGGUACUUCUAGGGUCCAGGUAGUUCGAUCUGCAGCUGAUUGGAGUCAUGGUAUCCUCUUGGAAAAUAGUAUUCAACAGGCGUAUAUUGGGCUGAUCCGAGAGGCUAAUCACUGCAUCUAUAUUGAGAAUCAAUUUUUUAUUUCGAGCUGCAAGGAUGAUCAGCCAGUGAAGAACCUUAUCGCCCUCGCGUUGGCGCAGAGAAUUAUCUCAGCUGCUCAAGAGGGCAGGAAAUUCAAGGUCUUCAUUCUCAUCCCCGCAGUACCUGCUUUCCCUGGAGAUAUCCAGAGUCAGUCAGGCAUUAAGGCUAUCAUGGAGGCCCAGUAUCGCACUAUUAAUCGUGGCGGCGCCUCCAUUUUCGAGAUGGUCCGUGAAGCUGGGUUCGAGCCAACUGACUAUAUCUCCUUUUGGAACUUGCGUUCCUACGAUCGUAUCAACACUCCUUGGAGUCGUAUUAAAGCUAUGGAAAAAAAGUCUGGAAUCACCUUCCAUCAAGCUCAAGUCGCUCUUGCUAAAAUCUACGCUGGCUCAGAAGAUAUCAGCGGCGGCGGUGCCGAUGAGGUGGUUAACAUCGAGCAGCCUCAUGACCAAACAACAGGUGUAGACGAGAUAGGCAAGAAAGAUACGGUACAAAACGCUGUUAGACUGCCUAAGACCAUGGAUGAAGCUAAGGACAUCAUCAAAAGAUUCCAACAGGCUGCACAGAAUGAUGAUAAGCACGUAUCCGACAACGUGUGUCAACAUGCUCUACAAGACACCACUACUCUAUUCGAUGAGAAGUGGGACGGUACAGAAGAGGAGGAGCUCUCAUGUUUCGUGUCUGAGCUUUGCUACAUCCACAGUAAGAUCAUGAUUGUGGAUGACAGACGAGUCAUCUGUGGUAGUGCAAACAUCAAUGAUCGUUCAAUGAACGGAGAUCAUGAUUCUGAGAUUGCGCUGGUGAUCGAGGAUUCUGACAUGGUUGAGUCCAUGAUGGACGGUAAGAAGUACAUGGCUUCGGCUUAUGCUACGACGCUACGUCGAACUCUCAUGCGAGAACAUAUUGGUCUAUUGCCGUCGCAACCAGCUUUUGAUGAGAAGGACCAGCCUACGGCCUCAAUGCACCCGGUUCCUACCCCUCACAUGUAUGACUUUGGUUCCGAGGAGGACAAGGCCGUUGAGGAUGUUCUGUCCGACGAAUUCACAGAUCUGUGGAUUGGAACCGGAAGAAGAAACAGGGAAGCAUUUGAAAAUGUUUUCAGGCCUGUGCCCAGUGAUGGUAUCAGAAACUGGGAAGACUACAAGGAAUACUUGAAACCGCAUGCCGGUGUCUCUACUGGUCAUGUCAUUGACAAAUCUCUUACCCUUCAGCAAGUGAAAGAAGAGCUGGGCAAGAUCAAGGGCCAUUUGGUUGACAUGCCUAUUAACUUCUGCAUUGAUCUUAAAUGGAUGACGGAAGGCGAUUGGCUUUCCGUCAAUCCUUACACCUUGGCGCUAUAUGUCUAAGAAACUCUGGCAAUAGGGUAGCAUACAAUAAAGUCUUGCAAAUGAGUGACAAAGAUAUAUACAACCAAAUCGGAUACCGGUGAUGAUACAAUCUUUAGCAUUGAUGGCUUAUGGAUGAAUAUG